AUGUCUUCGUUUCUAUUAGAUACUGCCGAACCUAAGCAUGUUGAAGUCUUUGCAGCCCUUUCAGAUGGGAUCAUUCACGAAGCUCCCUUUAAUCUUGUUAAGGAUGUCGUUGGUAAUGACUUAACAGACGAGGAAAUUGUUGAAUAUAUCACAACCUUUAAUAGACCAUCACAAAUACCCGGCUUCAAAGAAAGAAUAUUGUCUACAAUUAAUAGGGGUACUAUUGAUUCUAUUCGCAUGUUUGUUGUACUAAUGCUGAUCUUAAAUUCGAGGGUGCUUGCUCCAAUGUUGACCAACUCGUUCACGUUAGUCAUGGAUAUGACAUUGAAGGAGCGCGAGGCAUUGUUAGCAGCUUGGCGUGAUUCCCCCAUAUCUGUAAAGCGUCAAUUAUUCAGAACCAUCCUGUCAGCAACCCUUAAUGUAAUGAUCGUUUUAGGAAAUGAAUUGCAUUACAAGGCUAUUCAUUAUCCUGGAAGAGAAUUGAAAGAAUCGGCUUAUCAGGGUUUCGAGCUAGACCCAUUUCGAUAUGAUAUGAUGUCAAAGCCUGAAUUUGAUGAUACAGAAUUAUACUUACCCGACAUUGAUGUUGCAAUCAUCGGGUCUGGUGCUGGUUCUGGGGUAGUAGCCCACACAUUGGCAAAUGAUGGUUACAAAAGUUUGAUUUUAGAGAAAGGAAAGUAUUAUUCACCAUCAGAGUUCAACUUCAAUGAUAGGGAAGGAGUGGACUCUCUCUAUCAAAACAAAGGGGUCUUGUCUUCUAAGAACCUGCAAAUUGUCGUAUUGGCGGGAUCAAAUUUUGGAGGAGGUACUACCGUCAACUGGCUAGCUUGUUUCAAAACGCCAUUCAAAGUCAGAAAAGAGUGGUAUGAGGAAUAUGGUCUAGAUUUCGCAGCAACUGAGUCUUAUGAUAAGUGUCAAGAUUAUGUGUGGAAACAAAUCGGCGCAUCCACGAAAGGGAUCAAGCAUUCGUUAUCCAAUAAAGUCCUCAUUGAAGGUGGCACUAAGUUAGGUUAUGUAUGUAAGGCGGUCGAUCAGAAUACUGGAGGUCAUCCAUCACAUUCAUGUGGGUUUUGCUACUUGGGUUGUAAGUAUGGCAUUAAACAAGGUUCGGCUGUCAAUUGGUUCAGAGCUGCUGCUGCUACAGGUUCGAAGUUCAUGGAUCAGGUAAGAGUGCUCGAAAUUUUGCACACUAAUGGAGUCGCCACUGGUCUCUUGUGUCAAGAUGAGGUUACAGGGACUCGGUUUAAAGUUACAGGUCCAAAGAAAUUUGUUGUUUCUGGGGGUUCUUUAAACACUCCUCUGGUUUUGCGUAACUCCGGCUUCAAAAACAAACAUAUCGGUCAGAAUUUAAAGCUACAUCCUGCCACGGUCCUAUUUGGUGACUUUGGACCUAAGGUUCAAGCUGACCAUUUUGAUAACUCAAUAAUGACUGCAGUGUGCACUCAGGCUGAAGAUUUGGAUGGCAAAGCCCAUGGUGCAAAAAUUGAAACACUUUUGGCCACUCCAUUCCUACAUGCUGCACUCUUUCCAUGGAGAGGUAGUGAUGAUAUAAGACAAGAGAUUUUGCGUUGCAACCACAUGUGCUCCAUGUUAUUGCUUACAAGAGAUACUUCUGCCGGUUCUGUUGGAGCAGAUCCAAGUAGACCAGAUGCGAUAUCGAUUGAUUACAGUAUCAACAAGUUUGACAAAAACGCACUUUUGCAAGCCCUUCUCCUCGCCGCUGAUAUAUUAUAUAUUGAGGGAGCCGAAAGAAUCUUGAGUCCACAGCCAUGGGUUCCUAUUUUCAAGUCAACGAAAUCCAAAGACAGGAGGUCCAUCACUGAUAAGGAUUAUGUUGAAUGGAGAGAAACGGUUGCGAAAAUCCCUCUUGAUGAUUUUGGUACGCCUUAUGGUACAGCCCACCAGAUGUCAACUUGUAGAAUGUCGGGCAAGGGACCAAAUUACGGCGCUUGUGACGCCAAUGGUAAGUUAUUCGAAGCAUCAAACAUUUACAUUGCAGACGCCAGUUGUAUGCCCACAGCGUCUGGAGUCAACCCAAUGGUCACAACCUUGACCUUGGCUAGACACGUUUCACUUGGCUUGUGUAAUGACUUGAAGGCAAAGGUUAAAUUGUAG